GUGUUGAUCGGAAUGUUCGGCCCCGGAUGCCUACCAACGAGGAGUUGAGAUCGAGAAAUUUGUGGUUAUAUUCCACACUCCAUACAAACCCGGCAAAGUCUUUUCUUCAAGAAAACUUGGAAACUGCACCAUUCACAUUCCUUUCUUUUUUAUUUCUCGGAAGAGGGAAUGUGGACCUGCACUUCUUUCUCGCCCUUCCCCGCCCACUAUCGCUGUGCUCUUGAUUCCGUUGUGCUGCUGCUGCUGCUGCUGUUGUUGUUGUUGUGUCUGAAUGGUUCGAUGCGUUUCUUCUGCCCUGGUGGUUGGGGUUGGUUGUAUACUUCGGGAUCCGGGGGGGUUCUCUCGGCUAUUUACCGAUGGUUGAGUUAUAGACUCUCCUCACCCCUCCCCUACUGUAAGUUAGGUUACUGUACUGAGUACGUACGUGUUGGCGCUUGCUUUUCGGGAUUCUUCUGGGGUGGGGGUGGGUGGUUUUUCUAUCUACCUGAGUACGUACGGAGUAUAGUACAGCAAGAACGGGAGGGGACUUUGCCCAGAAGGGAUCUUUUGGAGGUUGUCACGGUUUGGAUUCUUACUUUGUGUGUCUGUGUGUGAGGGAAUCGGAUCGGAUCGGUGGGAGGGUGUUUUCGAUUUGCUUUGCGAAGCUUGGGUAUGGGUUAUAGGGAUUGACCUGUCCCGCGGGG